AUGGCAGAGAUCCUGGGUACGGUCGUUGGCGUGGUGUCGCUGGGGUUGCAGGUCGCGUCAGGGAUCAACACCUACGUUGGCGGAAUUCAAGGCCACAAAGAAGAUAUUGAAUUCACGAAUAGACGGUCCAAAUCUAUGGAAACUCUCCUAAACCAGAUCAGUUCACUCCGAGACAGACUUCCAACGUCAGCGAGCGCGCAUGGCGCCGCCUUAGAACAAGCCAUGACACAAGCAAAAUCCGAACUAGACCUUCUACAAGACUACGUCAACCGGAUUUCUGCAGACAGCGGCUCUCGGACAAAUUCUGCAUUAUUAAAGAUGAGAGCACAAACGAAGAAAGUCCUCUACCCGUUCCGCAGGGACCAUGUGGAUCGUCUUAAUAGUCAGCUCGAGGCAGCAAACAAAGCCCUUUCCACAGGAUGCCAACUUGCUGAAUUGGAAAUCUCCAUCAGUAACGAUGGCAUCUUGAGGAAAUUAAACACAUGCCUCACGGACUCUCACACCACAAUGGUCGACAUUGAAAGACAGGUUCGGAAUGACCUGUCGAUGAUGAUCACAACUCAGCACGAUACCGUUAUGAUCAAAAACAAUCUCUCUGAGGUCAAAGCAAUGAUAAUGGCUUUGAUGCCAGUUGAUGCUUCCACUAAUGGCCAAGCUCUAUUCCGAGGACUGAUGUCGAAGCCAGACGCACUGAGAGUGGCCUCUUUUCUCUCCCAACAAAUUGUCAGGCAAAACACUCACCAGGUCGGGUGCCCGUACGCAAACUGGACCGUAAAUGCAGACUACAGCUGGUCUGCGGGGAUAUCAGUCAAAGCCUUCCAAGGGCUACUGUCUGCGGCUGUGGCUGUCACCAUGUCGAGUGCCUUCGGUGCAGGUGGAUUCGGCUUGUCGCCAUUUGUCACUUACUAUCCUUUGCGCGAUACAAGUCCAGCAUUCCGGGUGAUGCAACAACUGGACCUUGCUUUCUUGUUUGAUGAAUGGACAGACGAAGAAUCCAGAUAUCUUAUCGAAAGAGGCAUACAAAGUCUAAAGACUGUUUUCAGCGCCAAGACUUCGUCGCCACUCGACCUCUUCACGGAUGGAAGCACCCUGCUGGAAUUAGCUGUCUCCACAGGUUGGCAUGGGUGGUCUGAGCCUCUGAACGCCUUGCUGAAAUUUCUGGUCGGCGUCGGCGCCCCUAAAGAUAGACCAGAUGCAGACGACAUGGCGAAGGAGCUGGUUGUUGACGACCUCAAACACCGGCGAGACGAGUUGAAAGAACUCGCCCGUGCUCAUCUCAAGCCCGCAGAUAUCGACCGCUUAGAAUUGGGAAGCCCGGAAACCCUCGACGAGCAUAUGGGCGAGGUGUUUCCGUCCGUAUAUCAUUCGCUUUGCCACUCGGAUUCCGUUUCGCUGUUAAACCUGUUCUAUUCCAAAGGGUUUCAUGCUAUUGAUGUAUUCGAUGAGGAUGGUUACACUCCUCUGGCUAAGGCUCUGGGGAACACUGCCAUCAAUUGGCUUAUACAGCAUGGUGCGAGCUUGAAAGUCCAAAUCCCCAAAAGGCCCUUCGGAUACACUACAGCACAUUAUUUCUUUUCGCGGAUUUGGACCUAUACUUUGGAGGACUAUGAUGAGACAUUGGCUGUGUUAGAGUCAAUCGAAAACUUUGAGUUUGACACCCAGGACACGGACACAUGCAGAUGUGCCUGUUCCAGCAAUGGAUGUCACCCUUACACAGCGAUGGUGCGAGAAGUCUUCCAGGCUUGGGGCCCAUCUGAUCUGACAUAUUAUGUGCGACGGAUUUCCAGACAAUUCUCUGCUAUCGAGAAUGUCUUGGACAUUCCACGGGAUACGAAAUCUCUUUGCGUCCGGGCAUGCACGUUUGCUGCACUUGAAUUGCGUCACACCUGUUGCGCAUGGCGUGGGAGUAGAGAAUAUGAAAACAAAGAAAUCGAAGAGAUUUGGGAGGAGGAUUCGACUGAGCUCGAGCUAUUGGAGACUCUGCUGGUGGAGUUUGAAGACAGUCUCGAUCGAAUGGGUUGUUCUUUGACGAACUUCUUCAUUGGAGUUUGGAGUGACAGAAUGAAGGAAGUUCGUACUGAGAGGGAGAGUCAGAAUAUGACGGAAGAUGAGAUUCAAGGGGCCAGGAGCCUGGGAGUCUGGCUUCGGGUAUCAGAGGAAACUGGGAAGGGAAGCAGCCAGGAAACCCAUGAUUUAGCAUACUGGUCCAACGCGGCGAAGAGCUAUCCAAAUCAACCGUGGGAGGUCAGAUGGCCGCGGCCGCGGCUUGUGGUUAUCGAGCGCAUCCAGCCGGGACAGGGUCGGGAGGAUGUUUCAUGCGACGCCGUUUUGAUGUCGAAUUACCAGGGUGUCAUGUAUGAGGAGAGGGGCCUGUUUGCAGGAUUUCUGUGGCAUGCUGGUCAUCGUGGCAGUGUGAUGCUUGCAGCGCUUGCACAGAAUCCUAGGUCUCUGGACAAGAUCUUGUCAGGCAAGGAAAGGGUGAAGGAAGAGAUGUUCCAUCUGGAGCUGAGCCUUGUGGCAGCAAUUGCGCGGCUCAAUCAGAAUGCAGGACGACCACAGCGCGAAGCCACGGACAAAGCCCUCGCAAUGCCUAGACAACAGCCAAGCGCUGAACAAUUGGAUGGCGUAUCAGGAAGCAAGAUACGUCAACACAUCCACUACGAAGGCUGA